AUGAAAUUAUACAUUAUUUUGAAUUCUAUAGAAAAUCACGUAAUUGGUACGGUAGCGGUGGAGGGUUUGCCUGGUGUGCACCUGCCUCUUGAUAUACCUACAGCAGAAGGGACUCAGCCUCCAGGUACCUCAGAGGCUGUACCAGCCAGCCCCAGUACAGCUUCACCUAUGCCACAUUCCUCAGCUCCUUGUUCCGAUAUUAUAUCUCCAGAACCUCCAAUGGAUGUGGAAUGGCUUGAAGAAGAAGUUCCAUUUCCAUUAGGAGUUCCAUUCUCUGAGCCUUCAUCCUCAAACCCACUUCUCCCAGACACAGAGCCCCCUGCCCCAGCCACAGAGCCCCCUGCUCGAGCCACAGAGCACCCUGCCCCAGCCACACAUACUAUACAGUCAGUCAAUCCACCUGAAGUUGCAUCACCAAGAGAAGAAAGGCCUCCCGUGCACACGACACUGCCUACCCAAAGGUCGACAUCACGUAGUCAAAUACGUCGAGAUGAGCGAGUACCACGAUGGGCCUACGACUUGGAGGAAAGACGCAUUGCUGUUGAGGAACGCAUUGCAUCCGCAUUGGAGGCCAUGGUGGAGUUAAUGAGGGAAAUAAAAUGUUGCCAUAUCUCAGAGUCAUCAAGACAUCAAGAGAAGCCU